AGUGUAGCCCCAUCAGUGCCACCUGUCAGUGCCCAUCAAUGCCACAUACCAGUGCCCAUCAGAGCUGCCUUUCAGAGCCGCCUGUGCAGUCCCAUCUAUGAGUGCUGCCUUUCAGUGCCCAUCAGUGAUGCCUGUCAAAGCCCAUCAGUACCACCUACCACUGCCUCCUCCUCAGUGCCGCCUCAGUGCCUCCUCAUCAGUGCCCAUCAGUGCAGCCUAUCAGUGCCCACCAGUGCAGCCUCAUUAGCACACAUCAGUGAAGGAGAAAAAUCACUUUACAAAAUUUUAUAACAAAAACUAAGAAAAACCUUUUUUUUUUUCAAAAUUUUCAGUGGUUUUUGGUUUAAGAAAAAAUAAAAAACCCAGAGAUGAAUAA